AUGGCAUCUUCAGCCGUCCUGGCGCACCAUUUGGAUCUUGUCCACCCCGAGCCCGCUUUUACGGCGGAUUCCGUUCCUGUGGAUGCAUCGGCGCGAUGUUCGGUGUUCGUAUCAACGAUCGGUAAUUCGAGGUACGGUGUUUAUGACGGUACGGUGUUUAUGACGGUGGCUGGAAGGUACAUUGGUUUUUGCAGAGUCACAGCUGACCUCAAAUCCAUUCCAGCGCGGUUUAUCCCGUAUUUUUUCCAUAUUUCCUCUGUGUGCGAGAACAUCGGCCACCCCAUUUCUUGGGUUGGCGUCAGCUUUUGGAUCACCAGUAACAGCAUCCAGCUGAUCAAGGGCCGGCUAUCUGAUAUCUUAGGCAGGAAAACAUGUCUUAUCUUUGCCAUGGUCAUCAUGGCCCUAGGGAACAUUGCUUUGGGGCUCUCACGCACGAAGGGUGAGUUACUUACGGCGCAGGCCUUUAGCGGAAUUGGAGCUGGAGCGAUCAAUGCUCUCAUUCAGAUUGCCGUACCAGACUACACUUCUCUAGAACAGAUGGGUUCUCAGUUUGGCAUCAUUGGCAUUGGGGAAUGGACUGGGCCCGCUGGCGAUGGAUAUUCUGGUUUAUAG